AUGGAGACUUGCUCCGACCGCCUUAGUCCGUCGAGCGACUUAACGAGCGAGUCGGAAACAUCUCUCCCGCCAUUUCCCUACGACAAUCAAAAUGGAAACUUCUAUCAAGCAGAAUUAAACGAAAAACAAUAUUUUUCAUGCAAACAAAAAGCAAGAAAUGAAGAGAAAAGCCCGAAAGAUAUUUACUUACAAGAAAGCAACAAAAUGACAUUUGAGAAUUACCUUUCCCCGCCAAGAAACAAGAAAUAUUUGAAUUUCGAACUCAAAUUGCCGCCAACGAACGACAAUAUUUUUUCGCAAAUGGAGGCCGACAAUCGAAUGCGUUCAGGUUACUUCAAUGAGGUCCAGGAUCUAAAGAGUUGCGUUCAAAACGAGAAUAAUCCAAAUUUGUCGGAAAUGAAGUUGAAUCAGCAGAUUUUUGACUAUGUGAACGUUAACGAGAGAGUGCCACAGACGUAUUUUGCUGAGAAUGAGAACAGUAAUCUUCGGUAUUUGAAUUUUAACUCGGAACAAGUGCAGUGUGUUUGUGAAGCUUUGCAACAAAAAGGUGAUAUUGAGAAGUUGGCUGUGUUUCUAAGGAGUUUGCCUGAUAGCGAACGACUUCGAGCUCAUGAGACGAUAUUGAGGGCACGAGCGCUAGUAGCCUACCACAAAGGUGUAUUCAAGGAGUUGUACGCGAUCCUGCAAGCGCACUCUUUCCCGCCCAGACACCAUACCGCUCUACAAACUCUAUGGUUCAAAGCGCAUUAUUUGGAGGCACAGCAAGUGAGGGGCAGACCUUUAGGUGCCGUAGAUAAAUAUAGACUAAGAAAAAAGUAUCCACUUCCGAAGACCAUUUGGGACGGCGAAGAGACCGUCUACUGUUUUAAGGAAAAGAGCAGAAACGCUUUGAAAGACUGCUACUAUAGGAAUAGGUAUCCAACACCCGACGAGAAGAGGGCAUUAGCUCAGAAGACGGGCCUAACCCUCACACAGGUCUCCAAUUGGUUCAAGAACAGAAGGCAACGGGACCGGACUCCACAACAGCCGAAUAGACCAGAAAUGCUUGUGCCAGCUCAAUACGCGGGACCUCAAGGCGGUUUGGCGCAGGCACUACUCCCCAAUGCUUAUUACCACCAGCUACAAGACCCAACACAUUAUUUACAUGGCGGCGCACCUUAA